CAACCAAGACUGAAAUAGCAUAUUAUCCCUUCCACUCCACCCCCGAAACAACACCACCAAAAUCCGGCCCGACAGAGUCAAGAUCCGAUAUCCAGAAACAAACCGGAUCGAACUUCCUCGCGAUUAACGCGUUAAAAAAGAAAAGAAAAAACUCAAAAUUUACUAAGAAAAAAACAGAAAAGUAGAGUGAGAGAGUAAGAGAGGGAGGCUCACACAAAUUGUUGGUUUGUUGCCCAACGAACGCUUCAACGGCAAAAAAAAAUUCGCGGCCAAAAAUAAGGAGCCAUUUUUGUUCUCUCGCCUCCUCUUUUCUCUUUCUUUGAUCUCCAACUCCAACCACACCUCGCCCAUUUUUCUCUUUUCAUUUUCCCCUCUUUCGAAAUCCCCCAAUCUUUUUCUCUUUCCCUCUUUCUCUCUCAAUUUUCCCUCGUCCCCCAUUUGGUCAAAUUAGGGUUAGGGUUUCGUUGAGAUUCGUCCGGAUUUCGAUCCUUACAGAUGUGUGAUUGAAGAGGAGGAAGGAGAAGAAGAAGAAGAUCGGGUCCUCAGGUUGAAGAUCUGGGGCUUGGGUUUUUCUUUCUUUCUUUCUUUGCUGUUUGAGAAAGUGAGAGCGAAAAUCGCAAAAUGAGCGCGUCCAGGUUCAUAAAGUGCGUCACGGUUGGGGACGGGGCUGUGGGCAAGACUUGUCUGCUUAUCUCCUACACCAGCAACACCUUCCCCACCGAUUACGUGCCAACUGUUUUCGACAAUUUCAGUGCAAAUGUGGUCGUCAAUGGAAGCACUGUUAACCUGGGGUUAUGGGAUACAGCUGGACAGGAGGACUAUAAUAGAUUAAGACCUUUGAGUUAUCGCGGUGCUGAUGUUUUCAUACUGGCGUUCUCUCUCAUCAGCAAGGCCAGCUAUGAAAACGUGUCCAAGAAGUGGAUCCCAGAAUUGAAGCAUUAUGCACCCGGUGUUCCGAUCAUUCUUGUUGGAACAAAGCUUGAUCUUCGGGACGAUAAGCAGUUCUUUAUUGACCAUCCGGGUGCUGUGCCAAUUACCACAGCUCAAGGAGAGGAGCUCAGGAAGCUAAUUGGAGCACCAGCAUAUAUCGAAUGCAGUUCAAAAACACAGCAGAAUGUGAAAGGGGUCUUCGAUGCAGCAAUAAGGGUUGUCCUUCAACCUCCGAAGCAGAAGAAAAAGAAAGGCAAAGGGCAGAAGGCAUGCUCCAUAUUGUGAUUGGAAAUAUGUGUAAAAAGAUAAUGACCAGCCAAUCUGCCUGUAUUCCCUCCCUCCCACCCCUUUCUCCCCUAAUAUUUUCCCUUUUGUCCUGAAGAAGUUGGAGUCAGUAAGUUGUCCUGUUUGACAAUCCUAUGGUUCUCUGUGAAGCAUCAGGUGGUUUUGGUGUUGCAUUCAUGGAAUUGUUGUGAUCUCUUACUGUUGAAUUGUAUGGUUGGCAACUUUUUCUCAACUCCGGUUUUGAUUUCUUAUAUGUAUUAAUAGACUGGACUCCCAGUUAGGAAAUCGACCUUGUUUUGCAUGGACACAGUUAUAUUUAUUACUAUCUCUUGUGUUUGAAGGC